AAAAAUCAAUAUUUAUUUUAUAUUUUACAAUACCGAAGAAGUAACAUUUCUACGGUCUCUUACUAAGCAAUAGUAGACGCAACAAAUCAUGGAGCCAGAUCUUAAAAAUGUGAAAAACGCCGGCACUGGAGAAUCGAAUAAAGAUGAAAUAAAGAACACAAAUGCAAGCAGAAGGUCGGGGCGAAAAGUGAAGACUAUAAUAGAAGAAGAUCCAAAUAUAAACAAGAAAAUGGAGCUUCCACCGACUCUCAUGCCAAAGUUUCCAUCCCAGAAGAUCAUCAAACAACAGAAGUCGCCGGACAAAAACGAGCCGCCCCCGGCUCGUCCGGUGGAACAGACGGAGGAAAAUGAGGAAAAUAAUGCGGACGAGAAGGAAAAGCAUGAAAUUUUCUGGCAGGAAGGGGUGAUAGAGGAAUGUCAAGGAAGAGAAGAUGAAGGGGAAGUGCCUAAAGAGCAGGAAGAACAUGCACAUGUUUCUCCGGACCCGACGAGCUUGAACGACAAGAAGUCAAAGUUCGAGAAGCCCAACCUGGAACCGGGGAAGCCUGAAAAGCCCGAAAAACUGGAUAAACCUCUAGCGAAACCACUACCACCACCUUCAGCAGCACCGCCACCAGUUGCACCACUAUCAGCACCAGUACCAUCAACAGGAGCACCACCAUCAGCAGUACCACCGGCUGACAAGAAAAUGAGUAAGCAAAGUACCAGGGAUAAAAAAAGUGGUCGGAGCACAGAUCGGAAUAUCCACAAGAAGAAGGAUGUGGCGGCGUUGGAUGAAAACAAGAAAUCACCCGAGGACAAGAAGAAGGAUGCGGGGACGAAGAAGGGGUCGACGGAGGAUGCGAGCACGGAUAACCUCAACAAUGGCAAAGUGCAAAGUCGGCGGAAAUCGAAGCGGCAGAAGAAGUCGAUUUUUCAACAGCCUGUGCAGAGAACCCCAGGUUCUCACCCAUCGGCAUAUUUGCAACCGACUCGUGCAAGAACGGAACGCUCCCUCAAACUUCCUCCAGCCGAGCCGAAGUCCGUCGACGAACGACCGAGAAAGCCUUCGACGCAAAUUCUCCAGCCACAGCAACCUAACAGAGGAGGGCAGGUGCAAAAGCAACCGUCGAAAGUUGUACUGCAGCCUGGUGCUCCUGGAGCAACACCCGUAGCAUCGACGCCGAAUCAACGAGAGCAAGCACAACAGCAGCAACAACAACAGCAAAAGGGGCCGAUGGGAUUGUUCAAGAAGAUCUACAGAAAGAUGAAUUUUCGAGCAGCUUCGGAUUGUACCGUUGAACCAACAAAAGAAAUGCUUGCCAAAUCCUAUGUCCGCCCGGAACACAAUUCGAACGACCCGAUCGAUUUCUGUCCGGAUCUGCCGAAAAAGUUGUUUGACGAAGAGGCGUGGAAGUUGCGUAUGACCAACAAAGGAGCCAACCGGAACGAGGUGUUCCUCAAUAACCGCCCGUUUUGGCUAACACGUGACGGCACCGAGCAGAUACCGAAAGUUCGAAUCCAGCUGCACCGCCCGUUGAAACAAAUGCACAGCGGAAACCCGGCGUCGAUUCAGCUAAAACUUCAGCGAACCGAUCCGUUUUUGGAUCCAAAGGAGGACACGUUGGAGCGAUUGAAAAUAGUUGAUAAGGCGAUCGGAGUGGAUCCGCUGGAUUUAACAAAGGAUCGGGAACUGAAGAGAGUUUGUGCGAACACUUUUCAUGGGACGCUGAUGUUUGAAGUUGAUAAGCGUCAAUACGAUACACAGCAGAAGAAGGCAGAAGCAGAAGCAUUGAAGCUGGACCCAAAGCGGAAGAAUGAUGGAAAGGAAAAGGAUCAGAAAUCGUCGUUUGAAGACCCGAAAAAAGUAGCGUUUAAUGUUUCCGACAAGUGUACCUUGCACGUAUAUUUUCGAAAACACCGCCCACUGACAAAUCAAGGGAAAAGCGAACGUUUCACGGAGAAGAAAUAUACGAUGGGCGAGAGGAAGAUUAUGAAGAAAGGGGAAAAGCCUGCGGUGCCACAAUUGGUACCACCUACGUCAUCAUCCACCACAUCUGCUUCUUCUUCGUCAUGUAGAGAAACGAAAAAGCUCUGAACUCUUGUUUUUCUGAAUAAAUUGUGUGCUGAUUAGCUAA